AUGAAGGGGCGAAGCUUCACGCUGCGCGCUAUUAUGUCUGGACUCCUAAUCGGUCUUCUAAUCAACGUCUCUAAUACAUACUAUGGACUUCGCGUUGGAUCCGGUAGCGGAAUGUCCAUGGUUUCGGCGUUGAUGGGUUUUACCGGUUUCAGACUAUUCUCGAGGUACACGACGACCAGAUUUGGCGCUGCGGAGAACGUUUUGCUCGUCAGCGUGGCCACGGCUACAGGAUGUAUGCCGUUCACAGCAGGAUUGAUCGGUGCAAUUCCCGCCCUCGAAUUCCUUAUCGGUCCCGACGAAAACGGCCCGCUGCGCGAAGGCUUUGGAAGCCUUCUUGUCUGGACAGUCGGUCUUUGCUUCUUCGGGAUCGUUUUCGCCGCCAUGCUUCGGGGACAUUUCAUUGAACGGGAGCGACUACCAUGGCCGGGCGCAAGUGCUACGGCCCAUCUCAUUAACACCCUUCAUCACAGCGCUCCGAAGUCACAGUCAGCUUCUCGUAAUGGUCUCUCUUCGAGGCGGGAGUCUCUUAUAGGAGAACCGCCCCUUGCGUGUGUCCAGGGCGACGAGAUUUCUGAUGAGAUCGAAUGGAAAUCUGCGAUGAACAGCCUCCUACGGGGUGCAAUAGUAUCUGGAAUCAUUUCUGUCACUCUGGAUUUCAUACCUAUCCUCCACGAAUUACCACUUUUUGGGCACCAAGCGGCCAGCACCUGGCUCUGGACUGUGGACCUUUCACCUGGUUUCUUCGGCCAGGGGAUGAUUAUCGGCCCUUACAUUUCGUUGCACAUGCUGGCUGGUGCCAUCAUUGGAUGGGGAAUAUUAUCACCGCAUGCAAAACGCCGAGGCUGGGCGCCCGGCCCAGUGGAUGACUGGACUUCGGGAUCAAGGGGAUGGAUUAUAUGGAUCAGCAUAGCCUCAUUACUUGCUGAUGCGUCGAUCAAAUUGGCCUGGCUUGUGGUGCGACCGUGUUGGAGGGAAUACCGAGCUAACAUACGCUCCGCAAGCCGAUUGGCAGCCUUCUGGAGGAACCGCGCUCGACGUCGGUCGCCACCACCACCUUUCGAAAACCAGUACAUGCCUAUACCAAGUGAGCCACAUUCUGAUUCCGACCCUAUACCCACUCAAAGGAUGCAAUGGACCACGCUCGUUCGGAAAAGAUGGGAAAGUAUUCCCUCGUCUGGCGGCCUCAGCGCCCUACCAGUCCUUAGCUUGGGCUUCCUGGUCUCCCUCCUCAUUUGCAUAUUGACAGUACAACUCGUCUUUGGGAAGCUUACCCCCUGGUAUUAUACUCCGCUCGCCAUAGCUCUGUCGCUUCCGAUGGCAGCUGUGGGGAUACGAUCUCUUGCAAAGACGGAUGUCAAUCCAGAAAGCGCUAUAGUCUCCCAGUUUGUAUUUGCAGCAUUGAUUUCGCAUUCCGAUCCAAAUGCCGUAAUUAUCAACCUCAUAUCUGCAGCCAUCGCCGUAGCAGGUGCGGUCCAGUCAGGAGACCUUGCGUACGAUCUCAAAGUCGGAAGCAUCGUUGGCGCACGCCCAGAAGCACAAAUGCAUGGACAAAUCAUUGGCUCACUCUUCGGUGCUUUCGUAUCAUGCGGGGUAUACAAGCUCUAUGCGUCUCAGUAUCCCAUACCGGGCCGCUUCUUCAGGGUCCCGUCCGCAUAUCUCGUUCUCAGCACCUCCAGAUUGCUUUUGGGCCAGGGCCUCCCAGAGGGUGUUUGGCCCUUUGCCGUGGCAGCCGCCGCCCUCUCCGCUCUGGCCACAAUAUUGAAAAUGCGAUAUGAAUCUCGUUGGUGGCAAAAGCUGAUUCCCAGUGGAGUAUCGUUCGCAAUUGGCAUAUAUCUUUUGCCCUCGUUCAGCAUCACCCGCGCACUUGGAGGACUGUUCUACAGCGCAUAUACGCAGCGUAGGAAAGACAGGGAGGGCAAUCUCAUCAUCCUUGCUAGUGGUCUUGUGUUGGGAGAAUCUAUCGCGAGCCUUGUCAACCUUGGUCUUAGCGCUCUUAAUGUGCCGAAGCUCUGGGUGUAA